UUCAAGGGUGGGGCUGAGACUUGAAGUUUAGCAAGAGGUGUAAACUUUGAAAACAGUCAAAGAGACAACAUGUCAACUGGAGCUGGAGGGAAAGAGCCUUCCAUUCGCCGCCAUGCUAGAAGGGAAAACAGACAAAGGGGACGACUACAAACAGUCAAUACUGAAGCAAUUAAAGAGCAACAGAUAAGAUCAAGAGAAGAGAGAGAGCAGAAAAGAGCUAGAAUGGACGGCAGACAUGAAUUCUUAUUAUCAACGAUAGCAGAAAGACUGGGCCUUACUAUGGAUGAAGCUGAAGACUUCAUGCUUGAUGGAGAUCAGCUAAAUGCUUUCGACAGCUUCUUUGCUCAAGGUGGUCGGAGUGCCCUGAUAUUCUUUUACAAGGAAACUAAACCUGAAGAAGGAACAGGAGGUACAAAGGAGAAGUGUCUAUGGGUUACUGAUGGCACCAAAGACCCUUACUCUGGCUGCUGUAUGUUUUUUGUCAGACCAAACUCAUCAAAGCCGAUUACAAUGCUCAACAUUCAUCAGGAGGUGUACUUUGGUAUGUUAGAUUCCAAUGGUGAAGGAUUGCUUGGUGCUAUUAAAGGACUGCUAGACCUUGUCUUUAUCCCAGCUCUGGAAAGAAAUGAAAAAUGGGGAGACCUUUCAGGAAUUGAAGCGCAGCAAGUCAAACAGCAAUUCCUUGGAAAAUUGUCCUCUUUUGUUGGAGUUUUAGCUAACGCUCAAGCUAGUGUGGCAGAUGCAGUGAAACUAUCACGCAUUGAAAAUGAGAAACUGUUGAAAUUGAUGACAUUGUCAUCAUCAGAAAUCCUAUCAUCAAUGAAUAAUCAGGAUAUUGUUGUGGCUGCUGAGAAUAUUGCUAUGAAAUGGUGUCAUGAAAUUGAACAGAUUCUAACAGAGUCAGAGCAAAUGAGGAAGGAAGCUGAUGAUGUGGGCCCAAAGGCUGAGCUUGAUCACUGGAAGAAACGACUAGCUCGUUUUGAUUCACUCACUGCCUGCGUAAAGAGCUCAGAGUGUAAAACCAUUGUUAAUAUAUUAAUAGGAGCCAAAUCCAAAGUGCUGAAAGUGAGUAAAUAUAAACUACAUUAAUCUAAUUGUAAUUGUGUUGAAAAGCAGGUUUAAACUUCAUUAUACUCAAUGUCAUAAUAAUUGAAACUAGCAUCAUGAUUAUAGUUACUUAUAGUGUGAUAGCAAGAAUGCA